UCAUUACCGCUACCGCCAUUGCAAAACGACGAUAGUAAGGGGUUUAAGGGUAUUUCCGUCAUACCACGCCCAACGGCUACUUCCUCAUGUGACCCCUCAUAUAAAAAGAAACCCUGUUUUUCUGUUCAAAUCCACUUCUUCUGCUACUCACUCAUCACUUUCUUUCUCUGAUCUGAACGCGCUAAAAGCUUAAUCAUUCAUCAACCAUCACCAUUACCGUUCUUGUCUCUCUGUUUUUUUUUUCUUUCUUAUUUCCUUUCUUAUCGCUUUCUCCAUUUACUUGUUUUCCAUUUUUGCAGGGCUUCUAGAUCCAGCCAUGACCAAGUCCCGAUUCCCCUUCCGCAGAAUGAAUUCUCAAGAAAUUUUGGACAGGUUUAUUCCUAAUCGCUCUGCGAUGGACUUCGAUUAUGCGCAUUAUAUGCUCACGGAAGGGAACAAGAAGGGAAAAGAAGAGAAAAAGAACCCUCUGGUGAUGUCACCAUCGCGAGAAGCGUACCAGAAGCAACUCGCUGAUGCCUUCAACAUGAACCGGACCCGAAUUUUGGCCUUCAAGAGCAAACCCCGAACGCGGCGGGUUGAACUCAUUCCCAAUUCCAUCUUUUCCCCUCCUCCUCCACCCAUUUCCUCUAAGCAUAGACGCCACAUUCCUCAGAGUUCGGAGAGGGUAUUGGAUGCUCCGGAUAUACUGGAUGACUUUUAUUUAAAUCUGUUGGACUGGGGCAACAACAAUGUUUUGAGCAUUGCCCUUGGAAACACCGUGUAUAUAUGGGAUGCAUCUUAUAGCUCCACGGCUGAACUUGUCACUGUGGAUGAGGAAGAGGGUCCUGUCACAAGCGUUGCCUGGGCUCCCGAUGGAUGCCAUGUAGCCAUCGGUUUGAACAACUCGCAUGUCCUGCUCUGGGAUUCUAAUGUUUCUAGGCUGGUAAGAACAUUGAGAGGUGGACAUCAAGCACGGGUAGGUUCACUGUCUUGGAACAAUCAUAUUCUCACAACAGGAGGGAUGGAUGGUAGAAUUGUUAACAAUGAUGUUAGAGUGAGACAUCAUAUUGGUGAAUCUUAUAGGGGACAUCAGCAGGAGGUUUGUGGGCUCAGGUGGUCUCCCUCCGGACAACAAUUGGCAAGUGGAGGCAACGAUAAUGUUAUUCACAUAUGGGACAGGGCUAUGGUUUCCUCAAAUUCACCGACCCGUUGGCUUCACAGGUUUGAGGAGCAUAAAGCUGCUGUGAGGGCACUAGCUUGGUGUCCAUUCCAGGCAAAUCUGCUAGCUUCUGGUGGAGGUGGGGGUGAUCACUGCAUUAAGUUCUGGAACACUCAUACGGGAGCAUGCUUGAACUCUGUUGACACAGGCUCACAAGUGUGCGCUCUUCUGUGGAACAAGAAUGAGCGUGAAUUACUUAGCUCGCAUGGUUUCACCCAGAACCAGCUUGCUCUUUGGAAAUAUCCUUCAAUGCUGAAGAAGGCAGAGCUCAAGGGUCAUACCUCCAGGGUGCUGUAUAUGGCGCAAAGUCCAAAUGGGUGUACUGUGGCCUCUGCAGCAGGGGAUGAGACACUGAGAUUUUGGAAUGUCUUUGGAACUCCACAGGCUUCCAAACCAGCACCCAAAACUAACGUUGAGCCCUUUGCUAACGUGAACUGUAUCCGUUGAAUAUGCAUGUAGAAUUAAUUGUCUGCUAGCCUGCGACUGAGUUGUAAAUAUUGUAGACAUUUUAUUAAACCAUUGUUUAGUUUUUAGUAUUACCCUGACCAUUCUUUGUACAUAUAUAUUAUGACAGAUAACAGAUUUAUAAACAUACAUAUGUGUUCGUUUUA